GAUAUGGAGGGGAUUAAAGUUAUUGAAGAUGCAAAACAAGAGGUCAUGUCUUUUUUUUGAAAAAGCCCAAGGGGACCUUGGGCUUAUUGAAUUUGAGAAAAAGAAGGAGGCAUUGGUGGAGGAAGCUAAUCUAAUUUUUGUGGAAAGAAUUUCGGUUUUGAAAGGGAAAUAUGAGGGAAUUGAAAUUGAUUUUGUAAGUCCAAUGAAAGUGAAUGAUGGCCCAACGCCUCCUACGGUAGGUGUGGAAGAGGUGAAUAAAAAUAGAGAGAUUGGGAGUCCAUUUACUCCUGGUGAAGGGAUGGUUGGAGGGGUGGAGGGUAGAGGAAAUUCUUCCUCUCUAAAAUUAGUGCAAGAAUUACAAAAGAAGAAGUUUGAUGUAGAAGAGUGGGUAAUUGAGUUGAAUAAAAUUUGGGAAGAAGAUGAAGAGAUGUGGAGUGUGAUGGAUGACAUGUUUGAGGAGUUGAAAAAAUUCUUGGAGACUCAUGGUGGUAUUAAAAAGUAUGAUAUCAUAGGUGCAAGAGAGGCCGCCAAGAUCCUUAGGAGGAAAAUUGAAUCAAGCCCGGUGAGGGAGAAAUAUGGUCCUAGAUCGAGUUUAGGUCGGGGAUUGAAAAAUCAAAUAAGUACGGGUUAUAAGUUGUGUAAAUGGGUCGGGGACUAUUAUGAUGAGAGUGAUGAUGAGAAUGGGAAGUAGCUAAUAUUAGCUACUGGAAACUGAAGAUGUUAAAGCAAAUAUAUAAACUGGAAGUGGUAUGGCUAUUUGAUGGCAGUAUGUACUGGGUAAUACGGUGAAUUUAGGCGGGCAAA